AUGCACUCCCCCCGCCCCCCCCCCCCCGGCUCCAGAGCGCUAAUACUCAACUCGGCCCCACUCAGAGUAUGGUGCUUUAGCGAACUGGUUUUUAUAAAAGAACCACAGGAUAUAACUGUCACAAGAAAGGAUCCAGUCGUUUUAGAUUGCCAGGCUCAUGGAGAAGUUCCUAUUAAGGUCACUUGGUUGAAAAAUGGAGCAAAAGUGUCUGAAAAUAAGCGGAUCCAGGUUCUGUCCAACGGCUCUUUAUACAUCAGUGAGGUGGAAGGCAAGCGAGGAGAGCAGUAUGAUGAAGGAUUUUAUCAGUGCUUGGCCAUGAACAGACAUGGAGCCAUUCUUAGUCAAAAAGCUCAUCUUACUUUAUCAACUAUUUCUGCAUUUGAAGUUCAGCCAAUUUCUAUUGAGGUCCAAGAAGGUGGAGUUGCUAGAUUUGCAUGCAAGAUUUCAUCAAACCCUCCUGCAGCCAUAACUUGGGAAUUAAAUCGGACAACUCUAUCUGUAACUAUGGACAGUGACAGGAUAACUGCCCUGCCAACAGGAGUACUGCAGAUAUAUGAUGUUGACCAAAGGGAUGCUGGAAAUUACCGUUGUGUUGCUGCUACUGUAGCCCACAGACGUAAAAGUAUGGAGGCCUCUCUCACAGUGAUUCCAGGUAAGGAGUCUAAGUCCUUCCACACACCAACCAUUGUAGCAGGUCCACAAAACAUAACAACAUCCCUUCAUCAGACUGUUGUUUUAGAAUGUGUGGCCACAGGAAAUCCCAAACCAAUCAUUUCUUGGAGCCGUCUUGAUCACAAGUCCAUAGAUGUCUUUAAUACUCGAGUACUUGGAAACGGUAACCUCAUGAUAUCUGACAUCAGGCUGCAACAUGCUGGAGUGUAUGUUUGCCGGGCCACUACCCCAGGCACACGCAACUUUACAGUUGCCAUGGCAACUUUAACUGUAUUGGCUCCUCCUUCAUUUGUCGAAUGGCCAGAAAGUUUAACAAGGCCUCGAGCUGGUACUGCUCGAUUUGUAUGUCAGGCAGAAGGAAUACCCUCACCCAAAAUGUCAUGGUUGAAAAACGGGCGGAAGAUACAUUCAAAUGGUAGAAUUAAAAUGUACAACAGUAAAUUGGUAAUUAACCAGAUUAUUCCUGAAGAUGAUGCUAUUUAUCAGUGCAUGGCUGAGAACAGCCAAGGAUCAAUUUUAUCUAGAGCCAGACUGACUGUAGUAAUGUCAGAAGACAGACCCAGUGCUCCCUAUAACGUGCAUGCUGAAACCAUGUCGAGUUCAGCCAUCCUUUUAGCUUGGGAGAGGCCACUUUACAAUUCAGACAAAGUCAUCGCUUAUUCUGUACACUACAUGAAAGCAGAAGGUUUAAAUAAUGAAGAGUAUCAAGUAGUCAUCGGAAACGACACCACUCAUUAUAUUAUUGAUGACUUGGAACCUGCCAGCAAUUAUACUUUCUACAUUGUGGCAUAUAUGCCAAUGGGGGCCAGUCAGAUGUCCGACCACGUGAUACAGAACACUUUAGAGGAUGUUCCCCUGAGACCUCCUGAAAUUAGUUUGACAAGUCGAAGUCCCACUGAUAUCCUCGUCUCCUGGCUGCCCAUCCCAGCCAAGUACCGGCGGGGCCAGGUGGUCCUCUACCGCCUCUCCUUCCGCCUGAGCACUGACAACUCCGUCCAAGUUCUGGAGCUCCCAGGGACCACUCAUGAGCACCUCUUGGAAGGUCUGAAACCUGAUAGUGUCUACCUGGUGAGGAUUACUGCUGCCACCAGAGUGGGGCUGGGAGAGUCUUCAGUGUGGACCUCACACAGGACUCCCAAAGCUACAAGUGUGAAAGCCCCUAAAUCUCCAGAGUUACAUUUGGAACCUCUGAACUGCACCACCAUUUCUGUGAAGUGGCAGCAAGAUGCUGAGGACACAGCCACCAUUCAAGGCUACAAGCUGUACUACAAGGAGGAGGGGCAGCAGGAGCACGGGCCCAUUUUCUUAGACACCAGUGACCUUCUCUACGCCCUCAGUGGUUUAGACCCGAGAAGAAAGUAUCAUGUGAGACUGCUGGCUUACAACAACAUGGAAGAUGGCUACCAGGCGGAUCAGACAGUUAGUACACCAGGAUGCGUCUCUGUUCGUGAUCGCAUGGUUCCUCCUCCACCACCACCCCACCAUCUCUAUGCAAAGGCUAACACCUCAUCUUCCAUCUUUCUGCAUUGGAGGAGGCCUGCAUUCACCACUGCACAGAUGAUUAACUAUACCAUCCGCUGUAACCCUGUUGGCCUGCAGAAUGCUUCUUUGGUUCUGUACCUUCAAACAUCAGAAACUCACAUGCUGGUUCAAGGUCUAGAACCAAACACCAAAUAUGAAUUUGCUGUUCGACUGCAUGUGGAUCAACUUUCCAGUCCCUGGAGCCCCGUUGUCUACCACUCUACACUUCCGGAAGCACCAGCAGGCCCACCAGUUGGAGUGAAAGUGACGCUGAUAGAGGACGACACUGCUCUGGUUUCAUGGAGACCUCCUGAUGGGCCAGAGACAGUUGUGACACGCUAUACUAUCUUGUACGCAUCCAGGAAGGCCUGGAUUGCAGGGGAGUGGCAGGUCCUCCAUCGAGAAGGAGCAAUAACCAUGGCUCUGCUGGAAAACCUGGUGGCAGGAAAUAUAUACAUUGUCAAGAUAUCUGCAUCCAACGAGGUAGGAGAAGGACCCUUUUCAAAUUCUGUGGAGCUGGCAGUUCUUCCAAAGGAAACUCCUGAGUCAAAUCAGAGGCCCAAGCGUUUAGAUUCUGCUGAUGCCAAAGUUUAUUCAGGAUACUACCAUCUGGACCAAAAAUCAAUGACCGGCAUUGCUGUAGGUGUUGGCAUAGCCUUGACCUGCAUCCUCAUCUGUGGUCUCAUCUUGAUAUACCGAAGUAAAGCCAGGAAAUCAACUGCCUCCAAGACAGCCCAGAAUGGAACUCAGCAGUUACCUCGUAUCAGUGCCUCCCGAGCCAGUGGAAAUGAAGUAGGGAAGAACCUGGAGGGAGCCAUAGAAAAUGGAGAGUCCUUAAUGCCAAUGAUCAUGCCAAAUAGCUUCAUAGAUGCCAAGGGAGGAACUGACCUGAUAAUUAAUAGCUAUGGUCCUAUAAUUAAAAACACCCCUAAGAAAAAAUGGCUCUUUUUCCAAGAUUCUAAGAAGAUAAAAGCUGAGCAGCCUCAAAGAAGAUUUACUCAAGCGGUCUGCCUUUACCAGCCAGGCACUACCAUACUAAUCAGCGAUGAAGACUCCCCCAGCUCCCCAGGUCAGACAGCCAGCUUCCCAAGACCCUUUGGUGUUACAGCUGAUACUGAGCAUUCAGCCAACAGUGAAGGCAGCCACGAAACGGGGGAUUCUGGAAGGUUCUCCCAUGAGUCCAAUGAUGAAAUACACCUGUCCUCAGUUAUCAGUACCAUACCUGUAACCCCCAGUUCCUUCACCGGCAGCAAUUUGGGUGGGGACCCCUCGGUGAGAAAGUGUGAAGAGACUGCAGUGCGGUCGGGUGCUGAGCAAACUUCCUCUUCAGUUUCUCAGCCAGCCCCUGCCAGGCUUUGCUUUGAGAAAAAGGAUUUUCCAAUCUAGACAGCCACAUCCAGGUAUUCUCACCUGUAAGUCUGUUCGAAGGACAAUGAACAGGGAGCCAAAGCCUUUUGUGAAACUCUUGGUAUCUUGGUAUCUUACUGGGUAUCUCACCUUUUUUGAAUGUUUUUUUUUUUAAAUCUUUAAGCUCACGUAUUUUGAAUGUUUCAUUGUCAGCAAUGUGAAAAGACAGUCAAGGUGUUUGACUGGAUUAUAAAAUAUAUCACUGGAGCAAAGGGAAGACUUUUGAAAGCCCCUUUGCUGACUAUCUACCUCAGUUUGCCAGAGGGCAAACUCAGAAGACAACUUUGUUACCUCAUUCGUUGUGAUAGUUGAUCUCAGCUACAUAAACGAUGAUACUUCCUAGUAGCGUUUUGUUUUCAGUUGCUGUAUGUGUCAUGUGUGUGAUCCAAGGAGUCAUAUAGGUAGGUGAGUAAGAAUGUUUAUCUGAAGCUCUGAGUUAAAACAAUAACAACAAACUAUGACCUCUGCAUGGUUUGGAUCAUUUAACACCUCUAGCUGUGAGGACUGAAACCACUGAGAAAAGUGGGCUGUUUGACUUUAUUGAAUGACCAGCACACAAAAAAAGUGUAUCUCUUCUGAGAAUAGAACUGUUCAGUAGCAUACAAGGAACCCUCUUGUAUCAAGGGCUUCUGUGCUGUGGGCAUUGGAGUCGGAAUGCUUUAUCUGCUGUGUCCCACACCUCAGCCUGCCUGGAAGCCGUGCCUUUUCAACCUGUUUCUUUGCCUGACGGUUGGCCAAAGUCUGCACUGUCUUAGUUU